UUGUUGAUAGAAAUAUUAGAAAUUGUUGUCAGUGCUCAUUUUUAGAUAUUAUUAAAUUUCGUUAUGUGUUGGAAUAAGUUUAUUACUCAAGAACACUGCACUUUGAAAAUUUAGGAGCAGCUACUUUCACGCGGACAUCACCAUUUCUUGGUGAGCUCAAGUAAUCAAUCAUGUUUUACGCGCACUUUGUGCUAGCCAAAAAAGGGCCUCUGGCCCGAAUUUGGCUGGCAGCCCAUUGGGAUAAGAAGCUCACCAAAGCUCAUGUAUUCGAGACGAAUAUUGAAAAGUCUGUUGACGGUAUCUUACAACCGAAGGUGAAAAUGGCUCUCCGAACUUCUGGUCACUUACUAUUGGGAGUUGUGAGAAUAUACUCGCGAAAGGCUAAGUAUCUAUUGGCUGAUUGUAAUGAAGCUUUCAUCAAAAUCAAAAUGGCUUUCAGGCCUGGAAUGGUCGAUUUGCCUGAGGACAAUAGGGAAGCUGCCGUCAACGCAAUCACACUCCCAGAAGUGUUCCAUGAUUUCGACACUGCAAUGCCUGAAUUGAAUGAUGUUGACAUUGAAGCUCAGUUCAGCUUAAAUCAGUCAAGAGCAGAAGAAAUUACUAUGCGAGAAGAUUACGGCAACAUUUCAAAUUUAGUCUCACAUGAGGAGGGAUUCGGUGAUAUGGAGUUUGAUACAGACGCGCCAGAGUUGUUGCGUGCCUCUACCCUCGAACCAUCCUUGGAUCAAGCAAAUCUGUUAUUCAGUGAUGAUGUUGAUUUAGACAAGGACAAGGAACCAUUACCAUCAACUUCUGCAGGUAGUCUUUUGAAUCACCGCGCUGCAUUAGAAAUUGAUGCACCUAUUCAAGAUGAUGGCUUUGGUGGGAAUUUAGGCCAAGAUAUGAUUGCAGGAGGGUUGUUCGAAGGUGGCUUGUUUGAUGAUGCUCCUAUGCCAGAAGUUCCUGCUGUUGACACAAGCUCUGUGGCACAGCUGGAUAUGCCUCAAGAACAACCUGCACAUGCCGCAGACAGUGAUGAUGAUGACCACUUCGACCAUGCCAUGCCUAGUCCUGGAGCACCCAGUUCGGACGGUUCUCGCCCGGCUUCACCGUUAGAUACCAACAAUAUGAUGCCGCCCCCGCUCCCGCCUCAAGCACCCACCCAAGAGGCACCUCCGCUUUUUCCAGAGCCACAAGAACCUGAACCAGCUGCCGAUCAUACGACUUUACUUCAGAAUGAAGAGGAAAGUUUUGCACUUGCUCCCGUAGAUGCCUCUGCCCUCAAAGGGCUGACCAAAACGAAGAGGAAAAGAAAGCUUAUUGUCGAUGAAAUCAAAAAUAUUUCGGGAGAAGAGAUGAAAGCGCAGCUCUCAGACACUAGUGAUAUUGUUACAACGCUAGACUUAGCCCCACCAACGAAGCGGCUAAUGCACUGGAAGGAGACAGGUGGUGUUGAAAAACUUUUUGCCCUACCGGGACGUCCAAUUCCUGCCCGAGUUUUAUUCAAGAACUACCAGCGGCACCUAACCUCGAGGGCAGCACCCAAUGAAGACUACAACGGAGCAGAUAACGCUGCUGACCAAAUGCCUCUAGAUUUGAUGAAUGAUGGCAAACCAGAGGCAGAAGUAGAGAAACCAGAGCCCGCAACUAGAGGUCGAGGCCGUAAGAGGAAACAGCCAGCGGAGCCUGUAGUCGAAGAACUCCCACCACCGCCAACACCUGUAAUUCCACCUCCAACUCCUGAACCGGCACAGAUGCAAAUGCCACCAUCUGUUGGCGUUCCCGAGCCAAUCCAGGACACAACCCUGCCGCCCAUCCCGGAGGAAAUAGAAGCACCCAUGUCCGUUCCCCCAAUGUCUGUGCCUCCAGCUACUCCUGCCCCUACUCCUGGAAUGCCCUUAAUGGAGGAACAAGCGCCAGCACCUUCUCCGGCUCCGUACCCUCCUAUGUCUGAAUUAAUACCAGAAAUACCCGAACAGGCUUUACCUUCGGAGCAAGAAGCACCGUUAAUGGAAAACAUGGGCUACGAAGAUUCAGCACUGCAUCCAAUGAUGGCGAACAUGGGUUAUGAUGAAACCCAUCCGCCUGCCACAACACCUGGCGCUAUUUCUGAAAGAGGGCAAAACACUCCAUGGCACGAAGAUUAUGAGCUCCCCGUUUCAGUCGGACCGGCUGACGAACAAGCUGUUGAUGAAACUAUUGAACAAUUUGAAGAGCGCGUCUUGAACAAGCGAGCAAGUCAGCUCUACCACUUGAUCAAAACAAAGUAUGAUCAAGGUGUUGAUAAGUUAUGCCUCUCUGAUCUCACCCAUCGAAAUAACCGCAAGCAGGCUGCUCAGAAAUUCUACUCUUUGUUGGUGCUGAAAAAAUUCCAGGUUCUUGAACUAACACAGUCUGAAUCUUACGCCGAAAUCGGCAUCACCAGGGGCUCUAAUUUCUUAAAUCCUGUUUUGUAAAUUUAAGUACCACACAGCAUCAGGGAAAUAAUUUGCUUUUAGGUUGGUCAAUUUUUCUCUGCCAAGUGCAUCAGCAAUGGAACCAUGAGCCCUAGUUAUCUUUUUUUUAGUGAUUAGUAUUCAAGUUGAUUUUCUUACCCGCUGCUAUUCCUCUCUGAAUACUCUGGACUCUUGUGUCUUCUUUUAUUCUUAAAUAUUCACAGAAUUAUUUUUCUUUGCAAUUGUUAGAACUCAAGUUGAUUUCUCUAUUCACUUUGCCGUUGUUACGUUGAUGUCAUUCUCAAAUAUUUAUAUUUUUUCUUUUAGGUUUGACAUAAUUUGAAUUUUGAAUUCCAAUCGUUGUUUUUAAGAUAUAGAUUGAUUCCCUCCAAGUACCAUUUGGAGUCAAGAGUUUGUUUUAUGGUUUUUUUUAAAAUGAAACUCGUUAAAUCCAUUCCGUUCUUGUUUAUACUGACCUCUUUUAUUUUAUUGACAAACCUCUGCUCAGUUUUUGUUUUAUUUGACUUACCACUGUGUUCAGUGAUGAUUUCUAUUGUCAUAUUUUGUUACCAUUUUGUGCGAUGAUCUUUUUAUUUUGUCUUGUUCUAUAAAAUGAGUUAAUCAUUGGUUUUAGGUACUUUAAUGAAACACAGAGACUUCAAAGAUUUUUUUUUUCAUUAGUUCAUCUGCACAAAUGGUCCAGGGAUUAGUUUUAUUUUUUUGGAAUUAUCUCCAGAAACAUCACUUACUUCAAUCACGUUAUCAACUUCGAUAGUUCAAACAUUUUAUUAUCAUUAGGUAAAUGUAAAUUGUUGCCUUUGUCAAGGCUUUUGCAUAUUGAUCUUCCCUCCUCAGGUUUCAAGUAUGCUGAUUCGUGCCUGUUGGCUCCUUAUUUUUUUCUCUCAUUGUUCACUGUUUCUCCCAAAUAUUGACUUAUAUUUUCUGCUGCAACAUCUUUGCCUGCAUAUAUUCAUGAAGAAAAUCAUGGGCAGUCAUGCUGAAAAUCAUGCUUGGUGCCAAAAAUUGAGCAAACCCUGAUGCUUUUAGUUCGUAGAUAUUUUCUGGUCGUCGGGAACUGAUGAAUAGGUAAUUAAGCUCUUGAAAUAAAAUUGUAUAUAGUUUAGAAUGAUUGUUUAAAAUUAAAUUUUGUACAAAGCUUGUAAUUUUUGUCUUAGGGAAAUUUUUCAAAUUUUAACUCAUCUGUUUUACCGUUAAAACCAAAAAGAUGAAGAAAGUAGAGAGUCAGUGCAGAAGGCAGAUAAAAUUAGGUGGACGGAUUUAUUUCUGUCUGUACCUUGAUUUGAUUUUUUCUACUGUAAUAACAAAAAUCCUGUUUUGAGGUAUUUUUAUUCCGUGGAAAAUGUAACUUGGAAUUAAGGAGGGUGUAAUAUUUUUCUCCUACCUUUUUUUGUUGAUAUGCCACAAAAUGUUUUUGACAAGGAUAAAGUUGAAAAACAUUUCCCUCUAAAUUUUGGUUGUGAAAAAAUUGUUUACUUUCAUCUUUCAAUAUGACCCUCAAAAGCGAAAAGAAACAAACUGUGUUGCGAAAUUUCCUUCCAUGUUUCACCUUUAAAAUGAGAACUAACAACAUUUUGUGAAUGUUCGUCCUCUUGCUUGAGACUCUCUCUCAAAAUUUCUAAAAAUAAUACAGAGAAUAUCUCAUCUUAACAAUAGAAUAAGACUUGAAAUUACGCAAUGCAGUUUGUUUUUUUGUGUCAAUUCCUUGUUUAAAACUUCAUCCGUGCUAAUUCUUGGAAGACGUUCAGUAAAGCUUGAAUACAUGCAAGACCAAUCCACACUGGUCGGUCAUUCUCGCAGAAGAGUUUUGAGACCCUACUGUGCAUUGGUGGUAGGAAGUUUCAAUGCAAUGCGUUUCUUAUAAGAUAAUCCAAUGCUAUGUCACAUCAGUUGCAUUAGAGUGCGGACCAGGCAGGGUAGUGGAUUUCAGAAAGAUGCGUUAUGACUAAUCUGUGUGGACUGGUUUUGAACACGAGGCGUGAUUUUUAGUCGUACAGCGAAGCCGUAUAGACUUUAGUUUUUCACCUUUCUGUAUUCCUGUGCAAGCCUACUGGUGCCCCAACAUUGGUGGCGGUGAUACUUCUCUCCAAGAGCAGGAAUUUGGUACUUUGUGAAAAAUCCUUCAGUAAAAAUUUGUUCACAAACAGUCUCCAUUGGAUACCCAGGAAAGUAUUUCUAAGCCCCCAAAAAAUGCCUAAUUUGUAAUUACUGUUGGAGGAGGGUUUUUGUUUGUCAUGCGGUUCUACCUCAAAGCUGAAGCCUCAAGUUAGUCCCUCUACUUUUGUCCGUCUAUGUAAAUGAAAAUUUAUUUCAGUGUACAGUAUUUAAUUUUAUUUGUGUGUGUUAAGCUAUAAGAUUUAGGUAAGUGAAGUCAAGUAUACUUCACUUCAUUUCAAAAUUUGUAUGUAAUACAUUCAAAGAGUUAUAUUUUUUACAUGACUUUCUUUUCUUUUCACAGAAUUUUCAAAGGUAAAUCUUAUGAUCUUUAGCCGUAGGUAUUUUAAAUUGUAAAAUUUUUAUCAAACUUGUUGUUUUCUUCAAUGUUUCACUUUACAAUAUACGGUACUUGUGAAUUUGA